GUUUGUUUACAAGCUACCUGCACGUCCUCCAUCAGAUGUGUUCCCUGAUUUUCGUGUUUUUUUAGUGUUUUUACUCGACUGAGACCUUUCUGCCGCUCCCCACGUGGACGUACUCUCAUCAACCAGCCAGAAAGGGAGGAUGAACAGCUGGGUUGUCUGUGCGAUGACAGCCUAAGCUGGGAUUCCAUCCCAGUCCUGUAGAUUCUUGAAAGGGUUUAAAUCAUAGGAAGAAGGACCUCAAACAAAGCAAAGGAGAGCUUCUCUCUUGCAGUAGUCAUCCUAUCUGACAACCAAGAACAGAUGAAAUAUGGCAUCGAAUGAACCAAAUUUAAGGAUACCGGCAAUCCUUAUGCCUUCAUACCACAAGCUUAUGAGUACAGAAGAAGGCAAGGCUGCCGAGAAACGAGUGCGUGUGUACUGUGGCGUCUGCAAGGAAACUCGCUACUACUCCAUUCAUCGAGGAGUUACUCGCAUUGGGAGUGUGGUGUUGGCCUGCGAGGCAUGUCGCCACUACUACCAGAAAUUCAAAAGACAACCAUGCAUUUUGCGGUGCAGGGACAAGGAUAGUGGCAGUUGUCCUGUACUCGGUGACAACUCAAAGAGCCGGUGUAAAGCCUGCUGGAUUGCCCACCUGCUCCGGAUCUGCCCCUUUCCUGAGGAUUUAUAUGUUCAUCUACAAGGACAUCUUCCAAGUAAACUUAAGGCUAAAAUGUCGCCAAAGCCUGUGUCACCUGAGGAUGUGUCUGAAGAUGACCGUGGGAAGCUGGGCUUGGAGGUGCUGCAGGAUAAGGAGUGGGUGGACGCAACUGUUGUGGCCCCACCUGACCCUGACCCAGAGCCCGAACCAGAACCAGAACCAGAACCAGAACCCUGUGAGGAGGAAGACACUAAGAUGUCUGAGCAGGAGUACACAGUAGUGAAGGAAGAACCCCUGCAUGAUGGCUUUGAGCACAACUCUGACACUCUUGACAACUAUACCUCAGACUGCCCUGAAGCCCAGGGCACCCCAUGCCAGAAUGACAGUGAAGUCAGUAAUGUGGAACAUGUUAGAGAGAUAGAACGGGAUAACUUGAAAUGGUGGAUGGGGCAGGUGGAAGGCACACCCUACACUUACCCUGAGAGUGGCAGUAAUGAGUCAUACUACAGUGGAGAUGGCAUAAACUCCAGCGAUGGCCUUACCCCCCUGACACCCCUGCAGCCUGCAGGCUGCCUUACCACCCUCACACCCCUGCAGGUGCCUCAAGACCAACACAACCAGAAUGGCUUCCAUAACUCUAGUACAAUUUUAGACAAUGUGAAGCAGGAAAAGACUGACUGGCAUGAUGGAGAAAGUCAAGAAGCUCAACUCUUCCAAAAGAUCAGCAUCAAAAGAGAAUAUUACCUUCAGCCUGAGCAAAUGGAUGGCAUCAGGCUACACACUAGUCCUUAUUUCAACUCAAUGGGAAUGGAAGAUCAACUUGACAUAAACUUACUCAACCAAAACCAUGAUGCAAUGAAUGGUAGCAUCAGUUGGAAUAUAGAAAGUCCAUCUGUAGACAGUAGUGUCAGCAGAACUUCCCUCCAGGAGAACAACGAGCCUGCCAAGCCCACAAAGCGAGUGCGAAAACCCAAAGUGAAGCUUGAAGAUGAGGAGUUUAUCUCUGCAAAAUCGCCAUCUGAAAAAAUCAAGAGAUCUGCGCCGAAUAUUGACCCUGAUGGAGUACCGUUACCAUCCCCUUCAAAACAAAAGAAAAAGUUUGACAGGUUUAAUGGAAUUCCUGAGGAAGAAGUUGCCAAAAAGACCUUACCAGAUCACUUGGGACCAAAUAUGGAUAUCCUUAUUAUUGGCAUCAACCCCGGACUCACUGCAGCCCACAAAGGUCAUCAUUAUGCAGGACCCGGCAAUCAUUUUUGGAAGUGCAUGUACUUGUCUGGCCUCAUCCCCAAGCCCUUCACUGCCUUUGAUGACUUCAGGCUGCUGGAGUAUGGCAUCGGCUUCACCAACAUGGUCUCACGCACGACUCGGGGUUCCAGCGAUCUCUCUAAGAAAGAGAUCAAAGAAGGAGGGGAACAACUUCGAUUGAAGCUGAAACGAUACAAGCCUCUCAUAGCUGUGUUUAAUGGCAAAGGGAUUUAUGAAAUAUACUCAGGGAAGAAGGAAUUUUGCUUUGGAAGACAACCUGAGAAGGUUGAAGGAACCAGAACACACAUAUGGGUGAUGCCAUCAUCCUCAGCCAGGUGUGCCCAGCUCCCAAGAGCCCUCGACAAGGUUCCAUUCUACUCUGCGCUGCGCAAGUUUCGGGAUUACUUGAAAGGUACCAUUAGUGAAUUAGAUGAGGAGGAAGUUGUUUUCUCCAAUGUAAAGUUGACCAAUUUUAAGCCUCAAAUAAAACUGGAACCAGAAGCAGAGGCUCCACCAGAAUCUGAGUGUGUGUCUGCCAAGGUUGCCAAACAUAAACACAAGAAAGUGGUAAGUGACAGGACAAAAGGACAGAAAUCUCCACAAAAGAAAAAAAAGAAUGCUCCAAAAACUUGAAAUAGGAAAUAAAUUAUAAGAUAUGUAUGGUAAUAUCAAUAAUGUAAAUAUAUAAAAUAUAGCAUUGGAACAAUUAAUUUAUUAACUAGUAUAAGUAUUUUGAAAUGUCAGUCAGGAGGUAUAUUUAAACUACAAUAAUGGUAAAUAAGUAGAUUUUCUUUGAGAAACCUGAUAUCAGUAUUGUUUUGAUAUUUAUCUGAUAAUUUCAUGUUAGUGGGGUGGUGGAAAACACAAGUGAAGUAUGCCUUAACCUUUGUAUGGUUUUACUUGAAAAUUAGUGUGAGGUUUCUUGCCACAAGUUGUAAUUCUACUAUUGUAAUUUUGGAGACCAAUAUUCUUAAUGUGGAUAACACUGUCUUGUUUUAACUUUCUUAACUCUUCAUAGGGCUGGGAUUCAACAGUGAGAGUGAAGUCACUUGAGUUAAAUAUCUCACAGCAAAAUACCCAGAAUUCUAGUCCAGUUUGGUUAUGUUAGCUUAGGUUACAUCUGUGCCCUUUGCACAGAAAUAAUAUCUUGAAUCAGAAUCUUUAGUCCCAUGCAUUUUAAAGUUUUCUAGAAAAAUAGUAAUAAUGAUAAUAAUGAAAAGAAUAAUGAUAACAAAAAUGAUAAUAGUAAUGAUAAUAAUAAUAAUAAAACAACAAUAAUCAUUAUCAUCAUCACUAUCAUUAUCAUCGUCAUCAUUACACUAUGUUUCCUGCAAUGGUAGGAGAGCCAAAUGGCCUUGUGACCAUUGUGCCCAGGCAAUGAUUUAUAAGGCUUAGAUUCAGUUCUUAGCUUUAUCUCACUGUAUGAGGUCUGCCUAGAAAGUAUUCAGCCAUUUUGAAUAUUUUGAGAACCAGUCAUGUGGCCUUGAUAUAAUUUGGCACUCGGUCAGAGGGGACCUUACUGCACAUGCAUGAAAUCAGUUCCCUGUGUUACCACAAUGGUGAGGAAGGAUGUGUACUGUGUGAAGGUCACAUUCGCAGACACUUUCAACUGAAAUUUUUGCUUUGGGCAAUGUCAGAAGUUGUUUUUUUCACCAUUUUCUGUGAGGUCCUAGACUCAAGAGCUUUUGAAUAUAAAGUUGUGCAAGGAGAAAUGCUUGUGCCUGCAUGCAUGCACACUCGUACACAUAAAAGGAUGGAAUUGCAGGAAUAUACAUACUCCAGUCUCCACAAUUAUUUUUAUUUUUAUUAUCUUUGUUAUGAUUAUUAUUACUAUUAUUAUUAUUAUUAUUAUUAUUAUUAUUAUUAUUAUUUAUGUGGCAACAUUCACACCUCUGGCUGUAUAUACCAAAGUACCAGUGAGAUUCACAAAUAUUCUCCCAGGAAUGCCUCCAUCACUCACAGCUGUAAGGAGCACUACAAGUUAUUUACUAACACGUAAGAAACUUUCAGGUGUUUUGGGUAUAUCUGUUGCAGUCCACAGUAAUAACAAACCAGUAUCUUUUGAAAUGAACAUGAAUUACAUUUUUAUGCAUAAUUGCAGAGCUAUAUAUGGCAAUAAAUUAAAUUAAAUGCGGAUCUUUUAUAUAUAAUCAUUUAUAGUAGAUAUAUACUAGAGCAUGUAACUAAGUCAGGAGUACAAUGACUGUUGAGGAAAUAGGUCAGCAGCCAUCAUGCUGUGCCCACUUGAUUCAAAACAAACAACUUAACACAGUUCACUCUUGCCCAAUUUCCAGACACAAGAACAUUUAAUGUUAUGAUAAAACUACUAUCAUCUUCCUGAGGAAAUUUUUCAUUGCAUUAGUAUAAAAUUGUAGCAGCAAUGGGAACAGAUAUGUGAAGAUGAGGAUUAAGGAAAAUAUUGCUCAUAUUACUUUUGAUUAUAUUAAAUCUUCAAGCACAGUCCCUGAAUAUGGACAGUUGUCUGAUCUUGGUACAAAUUUCAUCCCAAUUUGAUAAUAUCUGUUGCCUGGGAACACAAAUUGUACUGCAAAUGUAGGGACAAUUGCCACCAUCGUUGACGUUGGUUGGUUCUACCUGUACUUCUUGUGAGAACUUUUAAUUAGGUACCUUGUGACAACCUUUACCACCCCAUAUUAGCACGUGGAAGAUAAAAGAACUCACAAGGCUUGCGAGGUUUAGUAAAUAGCUUGAAUGCUUUCUUGCAAAAUUGGAGACACUCACAAGCACUUGUGAGCUUUGAUAAGGCCCCUGAUUCUUUCCUCUGAACUUGUGAAAACCUUAGUUGAGACAAAAAGCUGGUAAACAUUGAACUGUGUGGUGGUUUCUUAGUGUGCAAGACAUUCCAGUAGAAAGGUCUGCUUAAAGAUUUUGUUUAUAUUUUCCACAAACAAACAUAAUGUGAGAAUGAUAAGCAAAGUAUUGUUUCAGAUUAAUCAGUCUUGCUCCUGCAUGAGCCUUUACAAUCUAAGUUGGAGUGUAGCAAGGAUGAAUACACUUCUGACAUAAUACAUGUAGUUGAUUAGAUAUGGGCAAUGACUACCAAAAUUAAGCAGUGGAGAUCUUUUUGAAGGAUAAACCUGGAUCCAUACAAAUUUAUACUAGACGGUAACUUUUCCACACUAUCUCUGCUUCUCUAAAUGUAUAUCUUUAAUUGAUCACCAGUAUUUGAUUUUUGCUCAGACAUGAAAACUGAAGGAGUUGGGGAUGGUGGGAGUGGAUAUAAAUGUGCACAGAAACCUUGUCAUAUUCAUCUGUUAAGUUGCUUCUUAAGUUUCCUUUGUUUGCUUUAUAUUUGUUUUAUUACAAUGCAAAGGAUAGGAACACUGAGGAGUACCUCUGUGUAUGUACCACAGCAUGAUUCUGUUGAAUAGAUGCAUCCUGUGCUGGCAUAGGCAGAAGUUUAUUUACAUAUGUUCCUCUAAGGCUCAUUUGAGCACUGUGUGCUUCAUUUGACCAAAGUUCUAGUUGUUAUAAGUGGGUAACCUGCACCAUGUUUCAUCUUAUUUAAAAAGUAACUGUGAUCUGAAAGAGGUAGCUAUUACUUAUCUGAAAAUAAUUUGUUCCAGCUAAUCAAAUUCUACAUUACUAUUGAGAGGCAUCUUUUUCUAUGGGACUCAAUUGUGUGCAGUAUGUUUGUCCCCUGUGAGUAUUAGUUUCACGGGUGGUGGAAGGGAAAAGGUUCUGCGGCAGGAAUUACCUUCCUUAUCAUGAAAUGACUAAAUUACAUGAAGUACAUGCCAUGUCAAACCUCUGAAUAGAUGUGUAAAUGAUCUGGCAAUGCCAGUAUUUGAAUGCCAACUUAAAUCAGAAUACCAUAUUGGCUAUGUAAAAUAGAAGAAACUUAUUUUUUUCUAGUUUCAUACACAGAAAAAGACAUUCAUGCAUAAUGUCAUUCAUCCAUUAUUACUUCAUCACACACAUAAAUACUAAUAUAUUUCCAGUUAUUAUCAGACAUCUAGGGUUUCUCUAAGUCCUCAGGAAACAGGAUCAUGUUGCUUUAUAGUCACUGUACAUGUACUUAUCCUGCUGUUUCUUUCCAUAUUUUAUAAUUAUUUUUCCUAUUAUUGCUUCAGAGCUCUCCACCUCAUUCUACAUUUAUUAUGGUACCACCUGGAGGGGCAGUGUUUUCAUUCACUUUUCAAUUAUCAUGCAGCAAAGUUUUGAAAAAUGAGUCUGAACAAAAUGGGAGAUAUGACUGGGAGAAAGUUAUUUACAUGGGAACAUUCCUUACAUUAACCCAACAAAUAUGUAUACCUCUUAACUGGAAUGUUCAUGAGGUUAAAAUUAAAUGAUCUUCAUAAUUCUGAUUUGUGUAAUGCAAGUUAUGACAAUGAAAAGAUUACAUGAAUCCAAGAGCAUUGAAGUUUCUUUUGAUAUAUACAUUUUUUUUUUAAAUUUCAAAGUAUAUAUUUAUCAUCACUUAAUUUAUUAAAAUCAAUCCCAUCUUAACAAGAAGAUAAGGCAUUAUUUAGAAACUAAAGGCAGCUUUACACAGGGCAAUUUUUUCUCAUGACAAGUGCCAGCAAGUGCUAGCUGAGUGUUUUCAUUAAGUUUGUUGCUGAUAUCUUUACACAGGAAAAAUAGACCUGGGAAUAGUCUUAGGGCCGCUUUCAUAGUCGUCUGGUACGCAACGUAACCAAAGGCCCUACCAUCCUGGUAGCAGUCAUUACCAUCACCUCGAUCCGCUUUCACAGUCGCUGUUUUCGUGCUAUCGGUGACUACCAGUGUGGUGAUGAUCAUGACAAGAUGAAGGCGCGUGAUUCAGCAGUGUUGGUAUGCCGGAGUGGCGGGAAAUGUCAACAUUACAUCAGCUGAGCAGAGGAUUGUGAAGGAUAAACAUGAAAAAUAAAUGUACAAAGAGUAAACGUGAAGAAUAUACAUAAAAAAAAUAACUGUGAAGAAUAGAUAUGAUGAAAAAAUGUGGAGUGUCUUGCUGUAAUAAACCGCUCAAAUCUGCUGAUAGCCUAGUCUUUCCGUGGGAUGAUAGGUGAAAAAAAAUUUCAUAAUGGUGACAAGUAUUAAAGUUCUAUUAUUUAGCAGAUGUCAGCAAGACAUACUCUUCACUUAUAUACCUGUAUUCAUUACAUUUGUUCAUUAUUCACACUUAUUUAGCAGACUUCACAUUUUUACAUAACAGGGCUGAUUUCAUUAUAUGUAUGCCCUAUGCAUACAUAUGAGGCUAUCUAGAAUAAUACAAAAGUUUGACCAAGAAGGCAUAACAGGUGAAUAAUGGUGACAAGUAUUAAAGUCCUCCCUUCUCCUUUAUUGUGUAUUUUGCAACAAUAAACAAUCAAUCAAUCGAUCAAAUUGAAAUUCUCAGCAGGGCGUUUAGUGGUCAGCAGGUGAAGUGGUUCAUCUCAUUCAAAGUCUUCUAAUUUUUUUCUCAUAUUAUCAUUGAAGCCCUGCAAUGUGUUGCUGAUUGUGUAAUAUUUUUUUACAUUCAUUUAAAGAAAUAACAACCACUUGAGAGCAAGAAUUUGUACUAUUAACUAAUUAAUGUCAUUGGUAAGCUCCAUUGGGGAGCGGGGGGCUUCGUGGUGCAGUGGUUAGCACACUUGGCUCACAACCGAGAGAGCCUGGGUUCGAUUCCCGGACGGAGUGGAAAAAUUUGGGCGGCUUUUCCGAUACCCUACGCCCCUGUCCAUCCAGCAGUGAAUGGGUACCAGGUAUUAAUCGGGGGUUGUGUCCCGUCUCCCGGGAUCUGUUCCCUUCUCCUAUAAUUCCUUCCCUUUCUGUCUCUCUGGCAUAUGACCACAGAUAUUGCGCCGACUAAACGAAACUUUCCAACUUUCCAUUAGGGAGCCCCCGCGGCUGCAAGAGCACUCUGGUACUAAUGCAAACAAACAGCGCUGCAAAAGGCGACUGUGAAAGCGGAUUUCUUUUUGGUAGCCGCUCAUUGGUAACGAUCAAAACAAAUAAAAGUGACUGUGAAGGCAGCCCUUAGUCCCAAUCUUGGUAUAAUAACAAAACAAACAAGUAAUGUAGCCCUACAAAUUUGCCAUUUCCACUAAUUAAACGCAUGGCAGCAUAUUAGUAACCUAUCCUCACUAAUUUAGAUACUGAGCCACAGUAGUAAUUGGGAAAAAAUAGUCCCUAAUGUUACUAGUGACUUCAGUCAAGAAGACACACUAAACUCAUUCAUGUAUUCUACUCCUGGGCCUUUUUUUAACAGAAUGAGAUGUAUUUAAAGUGUUUGGUGAGGCCCAAGGCUGGCUGUUCCUGCAUACACAGUAUUUGUAAAUAUAUCCAUGAUAACCCCUGUGCCUAACUCAUUUAAUGUUAGUACUGUGUGGCCUUUGUCUUCUCUCUGAAGUUAUAGUUUGAGCCACGAAGAUGUCAAAGAAGGGAAUCACCGAGUUGAGGCUGUGUGCAGUUUUAGGCAUGCAAUUUUUCCCUAUUUCUAAUAUGCUCACACUGAUAAAUCCUUUAUAUGCUCCUCCUGCAACAUCUAACCAACUAUCUUCAACUCAUUGGAAGAGUUUAACAUUAUAAUACUUAUUUGGUCGGUGAUUAUAUGCAAGGACAUGACUCUCAGGUGGAACGAUGUUUUGGCACAGUAGUAAAGUGAGGACCAUUAUGCUGGUUUUGUUGGAUGGGCCGGCAAUUCUGUUGUUUUUACCCGGAACUUGAUUCGGCAAUGCUUGCCUGCUGCUAAAAUUGCCACAAAUUGUCCGUGUAAAGCUGCCUCAAGACAACACCAAAAGUGUAAAUAUUUUCAUUGCGGAAAAGGUAUUCACUGCAUGGCAUUCUGCAUUAGACAUGUUGCUGGUAUUUUCACAAACUGGAAAUAAGAAACCGUUGGUAUUUGAAGCCAAACAAUCUACUGAAUAAUUAUACUCUAGUGUGAUCAGGAUCGGAGUAAAAGUAUGAAUGUGAAAAAUUUCUUGGAAAUCCCUCAAAGUUAGUACUUUUUAUAUAUUCAAGUCACAUUCAAAACUAGUAAAGUAUUGGAUAUAUGAACUAAAUGAAGAAUGAUCUGGGUUCAUUUGAUGUAAUGAAUGAUGUUAAGAUAAGCUGGUUGGUCUCGGCCCUAUUCCUAGUGCAUUUUAGUUCAGUUUUUCUAUAUGCUUUUGAGGAAAGUAUCAGGAUUUUCUUGGUAAGCUUAUAAUUUAUUAAUAUGAAUACAGAAAUACUGUUGUGUCAGUAUUUAGCUUACACCACAGACAUGGGUGUCCUUAUUAUGAAAUAAACUUGUCAUGGAAGAAAUGUAUUCAGGCUCGUGAUAUGUCAGUCACUAGUGUGUAACAUUAGGCCCCUUCAUCAUUCAUAUGUAUAGAAAAGUAGGUAGUGUAGGUGUGUAUUAUGCUUAGAUUUGAGAAAUUUUGUUUCAAGGACUAAUUUAGUCUCACAAAAGUGAUACUCAAAUUUUAUACCAACUUUUCUAUGUUUAGAUUUUUUGUAUUGAUGGUAAUUUAUGGGUGUGCAUGCUAGCAUGUUGGGGAAAGGGAUCUUGUGUACUGUUUGGUGGAGUAGCACUCGUCUACUGUACGUUCCUGUGUUUCCUCCUUGUAUAAAGAACAAUUUAGACUUAGACAAUAACAAAAAUCAAGGUCACACUCAGGGAUGACAGGUCAAGUGCUGAUCCAAAUGCCCAAAUUACCUUUCUCAUGUCUGGCUGUAAUCUUUAUCAUAUUCAAAUUUUGAAGAAAAUGUCAUUGAUGCUAAAGGUUUUCAACAAUAAUACUUUUCAUUAGUAGUUGAGCCAGACCAUGUUAAAGAUUGAUGUGACAUUCCCAGAAGAUUCAUAGUUUCCAAAGGUGACAGCAUUUAGACAUUUGCAUGACUGAAGUUCAGAUUUAAAAAGUGUUAAGUGGUUCCCUUGAAGGUUGUUUUCAAAGUGCCCAUCAUUUUCAUGUUAGAAUUGUUUUACAAUUUCUGCAUUGCAGGGAACAUAAAAUUCAAUAGUUUAUCAUUAUGUUCUAAAGUAGACACAUAAUCUGUCUUUUCUCAAUUUAUUUAAUGUGAUUGAAAUAAAUAAAGCUCAUAACAAUAAUAAUAAUAAUAAUAUCCUUAUAUGAAUAUUUUGCAGAUAAAACAAUGCUAUUGCUUCAAAACUAAUGAAAGUAGUGUGGCUCAAAUAACCAAAGACCACUUCAAUAGACUCCUUGGCACGGGAUCAGCAACAUACCAGCCCACUGAAAGGGCAAAGCUUGAUCCUACCCUUUUUAUAUUUGUACUAUUGAAGUUUUGGUAAAUGUGAAUCUUCUGGUAUUUCUGGUAGGCUUACCACCUUGCUUUUGUGAUAAUGGAUUUAUUUUCAGAGCAAGGUUAUCAUAAGUAAAACAUCUUUCUGAAGCACUGUGGCCAUUGCUGGUAAACCAGUGUGAUCUUUCUUUCCACUGUGUGGAAGUGUACUCCACUACUUUUACUAGUCCAUUGAAUUUUAUUCCACCUGCACCUGUUUUCUGGUCUUUCAGAUCACAGGGCAGUGUUGCCCCUUAGUUAUAUUUUCCAAUUACAGCAUAGGGAUUUUUCUUGUAUAUAACAACAGAAAUUUAAUUUUAUUAUAUCAUGGAAAAUUGUUUAGUGCUACCAAAACAAUUUUUUAUUAAUUGAAUAAAAUUCACAUAAAGUAUAGAUGCAUAUGAAAGAAUAUUUCAGUUAAGUACUCUUAUGAAGCAUUCUCAGACCAAAGUAUUUUUCCAUGAUAUGUUUACUAGAGGAGAGAUAAAUUCCAUAAGCAACUUGCCAUAGAGGGUUGACAUGGUAGUGCAUGAUGAUGGUGAGCUCAGUCCCUGUGUAGGUGUAGCAUGUUUUGCUUUCCUCGUGUCUGACCAUUGGAAGGUAUUUAUGGAUAUGACAAAAGAGCCUCCCCAGUCCAUAUAGUUGACUGAAAGGUAAAAAUUCAUACUACAAAAAAAGGAGGUGAAUUGACUUAUGUGAAAUGCAUUCCCAGUUAUCCAUAUAUUUGUCCAUGUUAUUACAGAAUGUUUUGCAAUCAAGGUGAAAAGUUAACAUUAGUUCAUGUAAUACCAAUGUGAAUAUGAGAAAAUAACAGUCUUUACUCAAGCAACAAAAGAAGCUUGGUGAAUAGAAUCAGUUGGAUUUUUUUGUCUGAUACAUCUAUGUCAAAAGUAUAGUUUAGUAAGAAUAGAGUUGCACUUCAUUGACAUUUACAGUUUUUGGAUGAAUUUAAUCUAGUCUUGUACUUAAAUGGAAAAUAUUUUUAUAUUUUAUUAUAGCAAACUUUUGAAAACAUUAUAUUCCAGUGAAUUCUCAACUCAUAAAAACUAAUGAUAUAUAAUUUUUUUCAGUAAUCUGUUAUUAUUUCCAUGCUAAUUAAUUUACUGUAUGCAGAACCACUGUGUAACUGCCACAGUGAUGACCGUGACAUAAAGCUACAUAAUGAUGACAAAUUUCUGGGAAAAGAUCAGUAUAAAAGUGCAUAACUGUGACAUUUUAUAUGUGUAAAAAAUACAACAUUCUACCUAGUGGGCUAAAUUUUAUUUACUAACUUUUGUUCAAUUCAUCACAACAUUGGGGUACUAUGGAAUUUUAUCAUUUAAAAGCAUCCAGAGGCAGUGAUUACUCCUUAUCCUUGGGAAGUUUUUAUAAUAUACUGUACAUUCAUACUCAUACUUUAACCCUUGCAACACCGUUAUUUUCUUGCAGACAUUAAUUUCUGUAUCAUCAGUAAGUCUUGUGGCUACCACUUCGUGUCCUUACUUUUAGAAAUGAUCAAACUUAGAUUUUCAUCUUAUUGAAUCAGCAGUCCCUUGGGAACUGAGAAGGGAAUCUCCUGUUUUGAAAAGAAGGAACAGAAGAACUAUUGGGAGAGCAAGCAUGUGCAAGGUGUAUAAAACUGAGCUCUCAUACUUUUCUUUGCCAAGUGCUGUGCUUGUGCUGCUGAACAACCAGGUAACAUGUUCCUGGAAGUAUUAACUCCAAUGUGCAAGUUCUUCAUGUGGAUAGUUAUUGAAAGGAUGAGGGUGAUGACUGUCAUUAGUAUGAGAGGUAUGUGUAAUAUUAGAAGAUUACCAUAUUGAACAUAUGAAACUGUAAAAAAUGCAUUGUGAUGUAAGUCGAGGGAGCAUGUUGGUAUAAUGUGGGAGAUGAAUGGCACUGUGUGAAUGAAGCAAUGAAACAUCAAAAAUCAGAGUUGACAAGUAACAAAUAAAUUUUUAAAGCAAUGCCUACAGAUGCAACCAUCAGGGAAGAAGGCACAUUUAAUUGUAGCAAAAUAGCCAUGAUGCAUGUACAGAGACACAGUUAGUAAGCUUCAAGGAGGGUUGCAUAGUUCAGAGGAGAGCAUGUGUGAACAAUGUGUGCUUAUUUCUCUAAUGAUCCUGUUUGUCUCUUAGCUCAUCUCAAAACUACUAAUCCUUUUUUAAUGAAUAUUGUGGUCAUAGUGAUGAAAGGAUAAUGGCAUUUUAUGAACAUGCACCUGAAAUUCUUUUAUAAAGAAUUGAGAUAAGGAAACUUUUGGUUAACAGUAGAAAGAAGUAUACAUGGAACUUCUAUACUUCAGUACUACAUUCAAAUAGUCAUUAACAUGUAAAACUUCUGCAUAAUAUGGACAGGAAUUUAGUGUGAAAUGUACAUCAUGCUGCAUCCCUUUAUUUUUAUUAUGGAAGUUGGUGGAAUCAAUAGAUUGUGUUUUUUUUUAAUUAAGUUUAUGAAAUUAAGUUGGUGCAGUUUUCCCUGCAUAUUUUCAAUUGGUUUAUUUUGUAAAGUUGACUCUAGAGAGCUUUCUAUGAACACAGGCCUCACAUCUGAAAGGAUUGUAGAACUUUCAACAAGGUAAAGGCAGAUAUAAUAACUAAGUAUUACAUUAACUUAUUAACUACAAGCAAAUGAUAGAAACUAUUCCAAAGUAAAUUUUGAGCUUUUUGUGAUAAACAUAAGAUUUGUCAUGAUAAAAACAUGCAGUUUGACUACCAAAUUUGAAAUCAAUCAGUUGUAGUCACAGCAAAGAAUAUAAAAAAAAUGAUCCUUGAUUUGACAAUAUUUUGUGUAAUAAAAUUUGGAUUCCCUUUGUAGAGAGCAAAGUGCCACACACUUUGCUUAUUUAUUUAUUUAUUAUUAUUAAUUUUAUUAUUAUAAUUAUUAUUAUUAUUAUUAUUAUUAUUAUUAUUAUUAUUAUUAUUAUUAUUAUUAUUAUUAUUUUUAUUACUGUUAUCAUUAAUCAGUAAUGAUCUCGUACCAAAAAUCUUUAUACAUGUCAGACAAAAAAGCCGUUAUAUCUAACAUCUUAGUCAUAGGUAAUCAAAGCAAGAAUCACAACAGAAUGAUUUGAGUAAGCUGGCUUUGACUUUACCCAUAAUUGGCUAAUGGAAGUAUUGCAGUGGAAAAGAGUGUCAGAUUCCAUGUGUUAGUACCACCAGUCUCAUGAGACGAAUGUGAUUUGUACUUAUUUAUUUAUUUAUUAACUUUAUGUAUUAAGUAUCACGAUAUACCAAAUUCAGUAGCAUAGAACAAACAUGAGUUAGUUGUAAAUGUACAUAUAGGUGACAUUUGUCAUAACAUACAUGUGACAAAUGCCCUUUUGGAUGUAUGGUAUAGAAUAAACUUAAUCACCUUCGUU